CUAAUUCCAUCCAAUUUCCAAGUUUCUUCUUCUCCAGCUAUUAUAGUCUCUCACUCUCUCUUUCUCCCCUGUAUUAUAUAUAUCAUACUGUCAUUUGCAUGUGAUAUCAAGAAAAACCAACACCAACUUCAAAACCACAAACAUCACAUUUCAUACCACCAACCCCACCCCCAACUUCAGUAGACAUGGGGAGAGCUCCCUGCUGUGAGAAAGCCAACGUGAAGAAAGGCCCAUGGUCGCCGGAAGAAGACGCAAAACUUAAGGCCUAUAUUGAGAAGCGUGGUACGGGUGGAAACUGGAUUGCCUUACCACAAAAAAUAGGUCUGAAGAGAUGUGGGAAGAGUUGUAGGCUUAGAUGGUUGAAUUAUCUCAGGCCAAACCUCAGGCAUGGAGGGUUUACUGAGGAAGAAGAUAAUCUAAUUUGCAGCCUUUAUAUAAGCAUUGGAAGCAGAUGGUCGAUUAUAGCGGCACAAUUACCUGGAAGAACAGAUAAUGACAUAAAAAACUAUUGGAAUACAAGGCUGCAGAAGAAGCUUCUAGGCAAGCAACGUAAAGAUCAACAGGCCCGCAGAGGGAUCAGCCCUAAGCAAGAAAUGAAGAAAGGAUAUGAGAAUUUCUCAGCUAAUGAGUGCUUCAGUUUAUACCCUUUUCCACCACAAUCAGUGGUGUCGCCGCCAUUUUCAGUGGCCUAUGGAACGCAAACAUCUACUCACAUCGAAGACCAGGAAUCCUUCACUGGUAAUUUGAUUGUACAGUUUGGAGAAAGGUUUUCUUAUGAUCAUCAGCAACAAAACAACACUGGAUUAAUCAACACCUCUACUCUACACUCUUCCGAAAAUACUUUUUCGGCGUGCACAAGUUUGAUAAAUAGCACAUGCCCACCAUUGAUGAGUGAUUACUUUGCCAUCAAUGGUGUUGCUUUAGACCAUUUUCAAGGAACUAAUAGUUUCCCGGGAGAGCUUGACGAGGUCGUCAUCAAUGGCAACAUUAAUCCACUACAAUUGCAUGGACUGGAUAAUUUCUCUACAUUAAUGGACAUGGUUACCAGCAACAGUACUUCUCAAGAGAAUUGUAGCUGGGGAGAUAUAAGUUUUCUUGACUCUUCUUCUAUCUCCAGUUAUGAAUUUUGUGAACAAAACUUCUGCGCAUUUGAUGAUCAGCCAAGGCUUAUAGGUUUACUAUAAUCGCACUAUUUUUGCAUCCGUAAUGUUAACUUUUAAUUAGCAGCAGGAAAGUCAGUGUCAGUAUUCCUGCAGGUGUAUUGAUCAUGGAAUUGAACUAUCACUUUCAUCUACUGAGAUUCUUACCA